GAAAAUUCCGGAAGUUGCUGACACGUUUCCAUGCGCUGGGCGCUCCUGUGGUCGCGGAAGCGGGACGAAACAGGAUUCAAAGAUGAGGGAGUCAACACUGGCAGCCGAUUCUGUUGCGCGAAGCGCGAAGGAAGUCAAUCCCCGCGAGAUCUUUGCUCACGACGCGGAGCUUCGUACCGGCGAACGUGUAUAUUGCCUUUCGGGCCAAGUCGCUCGGGAAAAGCCACAGCUGUGACUGGAUGUUCCAGAGUCCACACUCGAAUGCCUGAACCCGGUUCUGUACGAGAGGCUGGGUGCGGACAUGAGCGUAUCUGCUGCCAAGAUGCUGCCGAGAGGCCCAUUUGUUUAUCGGUCUUUAUGGCCUCGCCUGUUUUGGGCCACUGUUUCCAACUCCUAUCUCUUCUUCGGCCAGUCAUGGUAAGCCUCGGAUUUGCCGGUGGCAGAAGCGUAUGCUGCAAGACGGGAAUUCUUGUCUCUGGGACGAGCGAUUGCGCCGCGUUCUCAAUGGAGUUUUUACUCACAUCGAUGUGGGACUUGCGGUGCCUAGAAGAGCCGAUUGACUGAUGAGAUCAGCGGUUUGUUCUCCAACAGUCGCUGUUUUGAAUUUGAUCCUUCAAAAGGUUGCAUACGAUUGUCGACCUUGUUUCGUUUGGAUUGUAGAAUGCCUAGGGUUUUAUGUUUGUGGCUUGGCGUCAAUCGAUCUUUAGUCUUGCUGUGGGUGAGGAAUGCUAUGUCCUUCUCGCAUCGGAUGGCCUCAGUGGCUGGGCUGAGAGCAGGUCAAGGGUUAUAACGUCGAUUGAUAGGGGUCGAUUGAUAGGCACAACAUUUGCUGCUCAGGCUGCUGGCUCUCCGUGGGCUGAUUCGUUGACCGGGAAGCUGAAGGAGCUCGCCUGCAAUGGAUUACCCUUUCCCCUCACCUCCCUCUAGUGUCCACUCUUAUGGAAGGAGGAGAACGAUCAGAAAGGUUCCCAAAGUUCUGGGGAAGGUUUUGGUGAAGGGGGUCUCGAAGCUGGCCAGGCAUUUCAGCGGUGACCACGAAGCUCUGGAGAAGGGGGCGAUGGUAAUGGCCGCUCUGGCGGAAGCACAGAAGGACGGGGCAAUUCUGGAGUCGUUCCCUCCCAUUCUAGCGACGUUAGUGGAGCCGCUGCUCCAGGAUGAGAACCAGAGGAUACAAGAGCAAUGUGCCAAGGCCAUUGCCAUAGUGGCAGCCCAAGUGGAUCCAGAGAUUUGUGAGCUGAUGUUGGAGUUCCCCAGAUUGCUGGAAGGGCUGGUGGGCUUGUUGUUCAGAGCGGAGAGAUACCACGUGCAAGAAGGCGCGGCAUUUGCUCUGAUGAACAUCGCCGGAGGGGGAGGUUCGCUAUGUCAGAGAACGAUCUGUCUGCACCCCAGGGCUCUCGAGGGGAUCGUGGGUCUUUUGUCUCAAGAGCGCAGUACAUUAGUUCUUCUUUACGGAGCCUCGAUGAUUUAUCUCCUAGGAAUUCAUCCGGAUAAUCCAAAGAUCAUCAUGGAGUACCCCGGAGCUCUGGAAGGAGUAGUUCGUGUGCUUCUGAAGACCGAAGUUCCCGUCGCUCAAGCGAGAGCAGCGCUUGCACUUUCGGUUCUUGCAUUGGGAUCGGACACGAAGAACACCAUCGCUGACUUCCCAGAAGCUCUGCCAGGGAUCUUGCAGCUGCUGACACUGGAAGAGUUUCCGGAAGUCCAGGAGUGUGCUGUGACGGCUCUUGCCAGCAUCAUCACCGCAGAAUCAACUCCGAGGAUCCUCGAGUUUCCCAACCUCCCGACCCGGCUACAACUUCUAGCCCAGAGUUAUGAAUUGGCAAUCGUUGCAAUCGUCGAUCUUGAUUACUACAACAAGAAAGAAUCUGCCAAACAGAAUGCUGAGCACUCUUUGGUUCAAAGCAGGAGAGUACCAGAACUCCGACUGCUCAACUUCCCGACCAGCAAUUGAGGCCUCAUGAACUUUGAGUAUCGGAAGUCCCAAAACUUCACCUUGGCGCAUGCGGCUUGCCCACAUUUACAGAGACUUCGAUAAGUGCAGAAGCUGCGGGGUGAUGGCUGAGUUCAAGUCACACGAGUUCAUAGCUUGUCGGAGACAAUCGACAGGGUUGGUCGAGGUUAUCUGUCCUAUGAAAUUCCUUGUCGUCCUGAAGCUUAAGUCAACCUGCUUCAAUCGGGAACAUCAUACACAUCAAAUCCAGAUUUGUUGCGUCGACGAACCUGCACCGGGUUUCUUGACGGUUCAGUUGUCCGGGCUUGACUGUGUAACCUUGGACUGCCUUGUUGCAUCGAGAUUUCGAGAGACCUGUAACAUCAAUAGGAACUGUAAUCUGCUCCCCUGCAGACAUAAACAAAUCUCUUGUUUAUGGUCCCCGAGCUUCACCACUUUGAAAUUAUGAAGGUAGAAUGUACAUUCAUCGCUUCACAAAAUACGAACUAUUUGAAGACCAAAUGUGCAGAACGUGAACUUUCCUAUUGUCACUAGGCUAGUCCGUGUUGAAGAUGAUCAGAUAAGACACUAGAGCCAAAAAACCGAAGAGAGUAUAUUUCAUGCUCACUUGCAUACUCGAUCUGCGUAUAGAAACAGAAGAUUCUCCAAUUUACCUAGAAAACAUGUUGAACUAUAUGGAACACACUCACUUCCGCUAGUUGAAAGUGCAAUGUAAUUAAUCCGUGAAGCUAACGCCCAGAGUACACACUCUAUUU